AUGGAACGGCCAAGAUCCUUGGGCGAGGCCUUGGCCACCGGAAUCACAACAUCCUUCUUGUCAUCACCUGCGUACGACUGUCGGUCGCCUGUCACUCCACGCAUACCACGGACACCAAGAACACCAAGCAUUCUGGGCUCGGCGUCGGGCCUUGCGCAACCGGACACCUCUGCUCCCGCCGAAGAUGAAGAGUUACACCCCAUCAUCUCCUCUGCGUUGGGCUUGGAGCUUCCGACAGCCAGCAGCGUCAAAAAGGGCAGGCCAACAAGACCUGCAAGCCUCAAGCCGGAGUCAUUACACCUCUCUUCAUUGUGCCGGGAUGGAGUCACGGACCGGUUUCUUCCUCUAAGUGCUCAGUCGAUAACACCAAGCCUGAUAGAUCAACCAAACCGUGUUCUCGGCCAGAAUGAACUCACAACCUUUUCCGCCAUCAACCUCAUACUGGGCAAGACGAUUGGGGUCGGCGUAUACUCGGUACCGUCGUCUGUCUUCACCGAGGUCGGCUCGGUCGGAAUGACGCUCGUCAUCUGGCUUCUGGGUGCUGUGAUCUCGUUCUGCGGGUUGUCGGUAUACCUGGACUUGGGAACUGCCUUGCCUCGCUCGGGCGGCGAGAGAGUCUACCUCGAACGUAUCUUCCGACGACCGAAAAUGCUGGCCACCAGCAUGUUCAUGGCAUACGUCGUGCUUCUCGGAUUCAGUACCCCAAACUGCAUCAUCUUGGGAAAUUAUGCGGUAUCAGCCCUGGGAGUUCAGCCAACUGUUUGGAACGUCCGCGGCAUCGCUGUCUUUGUCAUCUCGCUGGCCUGCUUCCUGCAUGCCCGGGCGCCAUCUACGGGCCUCCGCAUCAUCAACGUGCUCGGGGUGGGCAAGAUGUUGAUCCUGGCAGCUGUCGUCCUCAGCGGGAUUGCCAGUAUCGGUCGAGUCCCGGCCACGGCAGGCUCGGGCUCCAUUGCCCAUCAGAACUUCACGUCGAUAUGGGCCGGCACCAGCUCCAAGCCGUACAACUAUGCGACCGCGUUGCUGCAGGUUCUCUACUGCUUUCGUGGCUACAACACGGCGAAUCAGGUCAUGUCAGAAGUGCGCAACCCGAUCUCGACCAUCAGAGUCGCGGGUCCGGUCGCCCUAACCCUCGCGUCACUCGGAUAUAUUCUGGCCAACGUCGCGUACUUCUGCGCCGUGGAGAAAGAUGAUUUCCGCUCUUCCGGUGUCGUUGUCGCUAGCCACUAUCUCCGCAACAUCUUUGGUUCAUUGUGGGGAGAGCGGAUCCUGCCCUGCUUUAUCAUCAUCUCAGCGUUCGGGAACAUCGCUGCCACCUCUUUCGCCCAAGCUCGCGUGAAUCAAGAGCUCGGAGUUCAAGGACUUCUUCCGGCGUCGGGCUUCUGGCGGAGAAAGAACGCCGCAGGAGCGCCAGCGUCAGGUCUCCUCCUCCACUGGCUCGUCAGUGUCCUGGUGAUCGUGUUGCCACCUCCCGGCGAGAUCUACACCUUCCUGGUCGAAGUAGGCGGCUACCCGGUCUCGGUCCUUUCCGUUGCCAUCGCAUCAGGUCUUCUCUACCUGCAAAACACGUCGGCCGAGCGCUGGCAGAGUCCAUGUCCCGCGCCGCGGAUGCACACGGUUGUGUUCCUGGCCGGUAACGCCCUCCUGCUCAUCUUUCCGUGGAUCAACCCUGGACAAGACAAGAGCAGCAACGACAACAAGAGAUUCGUGUACUAUGCAUACCCAGCUACGUCACUCGGCAUAAUCGGUAUGGGUGCCGUUUACUGGUUAUUUUGGCAGAUGAAGAACACCGCCGAGUUGCCUAUCGUCGGCACGCCGCUGCUGCACGACUGGUCGUCCGCAGCUACCAGUAGCCAGGAAUCACUGGGCGAGGAUGAAGGCGGGGGGAGGGUUGGUGGGCCGUACGAGCAACGAGCACCUCUGCAGAAGUCUAUGAAGCUUAAGCUCGACGACAUGUUUGUGGUUGAGGCUGAGAUUGAGGAGGAGCAAGAGAAUUUAGAUGACUCGUACCGGAGCUCCAUGCCAACCGUACAGGAGGAUGACAGGUGGGAAGACAACUCAACCCGCCGCUGCGACGCAUUGCAUAUUUAG